UCGGUGCUCUUUCGGAAGUGGUUUCUAUUUUUUCUCGAACGCUCAAAUUUUUCGCCAACCUUACGAUGUCCUGACGAAACUUUGCCCGUGAUUGGGAAGUUUAGCCAUGGAAUCAUUUUACGAAGUGGGAUCUCGUGUGUGGCUUCUCGAGGGGAAAGAUUGGGUCCCUGCUACAGUAACAGAAUCAAAAGGGGGACAAGUUACUUUCCGUACUGAAUACGAGAAGACAUAUAAUAUUGCCAAAGAGUCACUUAACAGACAGAAUGUUACAGCUAUGCAUCAGACCAGUGUGGAAGGAGUGGAUGAUAUGGCCAACCUAGGUGACCUCCAUGAUGCUGCUAUACUACACAAUCUCCAUCUCAGAUACACAAGUGACAAGAUAUAUACCUACAUUGGAUCAAUAUUGUGUGCAGUGAAUCCAUAUUAUGUAAUUGAAGGACUCUAUGAUAAAUCAGUAAUGGAAAGUUACAGAGAAAGGCACAUUGGGGAGCUAGCACCUCACGUGUUUGCCAUCGCAAAUGAGUGUUACUACUCCAUGUGGAAAAAGGGAGAAAGUCAAUGCAUACUCAUAAGUGGUGAGUCUGGUGCAGGCAAAACAGAAUCCACAAAGUUUAUACUAAAGUAUUUAUCAGAUGUCAGCCGAGGAACUGGAGAAUUGGAAAAUAUCCCAAAUGUAGAUGAUGCCAUUCUGCAAAGCAGUCCUAUCAUGGAAGCCUUUGGAAAUGCAAAGACCGUUUACAACAACAACUCAAGCAGGUUUGGAAAGUUCAUUCAGCUGCAGUUCAAUGCUAAGGGUCAAAUGGAUGGAGGAAAGAUACAGGAAUUUCUUUUGGAAAAGAAUCGUGUUGUCAGACAAAAUCCAGGUGAAAGAAAUUACCACAUAUUUUAUGCCCUUCUGGCUGGUGCAUCUGAUGAACAAAGAAGUACAAUGCUUCUAAAUUCCCCUGAGAAGUAUUACUACCUAAAACAGAGUGGUUGCUAUGGAGACCCAUCGAUUAAUGACAAGGAAGAUUUCAACAAUGUCAUGAAUGCUAUGAAAGUGAUGUGCUUCACAGAAGAGGAGAUCUCUGACGUCCUACAAGUCAUUUCUGGAGUUCUGCAGAUUGGGAAUGUUCAUUUCCUGGCUGCAGGUGGCGCACAAGUUUCCGAGAAAAGUGUCCUAGAAAAUGUGGCAAACCUUCUUCGUGUGGACAUCUACGAAUUAACGGAUGCUUUGACGCAGAAAACAAUGAUACUCCGAGGUGAAGAAAUCCAGUCACCGCUCUCUGUUGAACAGGCAUUGGACUCUCGAGAUUCAAUGGCCAUGAACCUCUACGCAUGUACAUUCAAAUGGCUCAUCAACAAGAUAAAUCAAAGGAUCAAAGGGACUGACUUCUUCUCUUCCAUCGGUGUUCUUGAUAUCUUUGGUUUUGAGAACUUCGAUGUUAACAGGUUUGAGCAGUUUAAUAUUAACUACGCCAAUGAAAAGCUUCAGCAGUACUUCAACAAGCACAUCUUUUCUCUGGAACAGCAUGAGUACAACAGAGAAGGGCUGGAGUGGGCAGAUAUUGACUGGGUGGACAAUGGGGAAUGCCUGGACCUUAUUGAAAAAAAACUUGGUGUAUUGGCUCUGAUUGAUGAAGAAAGCAACUUCCCCAAAGGAACUGACGGAUCUAUGUUGGACAAGCUCCAUUCAAGUCACGAGGGAAACAGCUUUUACGUGAAGCCACGUGUGGCAAACACAAAGUUUGGAAUCAAGCAUUAUGCUGGAGAGGUAUUUUACAGCACAAAGGGUUUUCUGGAAAAGAACAGGGAUGCUUUAAGAGACGAGAUCCUCAAUGUCCUAAUGCAGAGCAGGUCGGACUUUAUUUACGAUCUCGUUGAACAACUGAAACCCUCUGUACCGACAGCAGGAACUAAAAAGUCCUCAAGGAAAAGGCCGACUGUUAGCUCACAGUUCAAGACUUCCUUAGCAUCACUUAUGACCACGCUGAGCCAGUCGCAUCCGUAUUUUGUACGUUGUGUCAAACCGAAUGAAAAGAAGCUGCCACAGUUCUUUAACCCCAAGCUUGUCCUAAAUCAGUUGAGAUACUCAGGAAUGCUGGAGACCGUUCGAAUUCGUCGUGCAGGUUACCCUGUGAGGCGAACCUAUGAAGACUUCUUAUUCAGAUACAAAGUGCUUUUCCGUGGGAAGAAUUUGUCUGGGGAUAAAAGUGAUUGCUCCAUGCUCCUUGAAGAGUUUGACGGCGAGAAACAGUCCUUUAAACUUGGGAAUACUAAGGUUUUCAUGAAAGACAACUUGGAAUACACGAUAGAACGGAUGAGAAAUGAGCAGUUGGAAGCUGUCGCCAUGCUUAUCAAACGAAGAAUCAUUGGAUACCUUCAACGGAAGAAGUAUCUAAAGAUUCGCCAACACAUUAUUGUGAUUCAAAAGAAUUACAAGGCCCAUUACUAUUGCAAACUUUACAACAAAAAGCGGCUGGCGGCUAUUGUCAUUCAAAAGUACGAAAGACGGCGAACGGCCCAAGUCCUUCUUAAAAGACUCCUCGAGGAGAAACGAAUCGAAGAGGAACGCAAACGAGAAGAGGAAAGAAGACGGGAAGAAGAGAGAAUGAGAGAAAUGGAACGACUGGAACAGGAGAGGAAGAUUCAGGAACUGGAAGAACUCCGUCGAAAGGCCGAAGAAGAAGCCAGGCUUAGAAGGGAGGAGGAAGUGGAAAGACUUCGGAAGGAAGAAGAACAAAGACAAGCAGUGUUGGCAAAGGCAAGAGAGAUCGAAGAGGCGAGGAGACUGGAGGAAGAGGCCAAAAGGAAAGCCGAGGAAGAAGCUCGCCGAAAGGAAGAAGAGAAAAGACUUCGCGAGGAAGAGGAAGCCAGACAGAAAGCAGAAGAAGAGGAGAGACUUCGUAAAGAAGCAGAUGCUGAGGCUGCGGCUCAGAUUGCUGAGUUAGACAGACAGUUGAAGCUGGAGGAUAGUGACGAAGAAGACGAAGAUUCUGAGGAGGCCUGGGAAAGACCACCCAGUCUGUACGAGACUCAGGAUCUGCCAAUCAGAGAGGGUUACCUCAUGAUGAGAGGUGGUUUGCUGAGUCUGUGGAAGAAGCACUGGUGCGUACUCAGAGACGACACUUUCAUGUGGUUCAGAGGAAAGCAGGAUGCUCUGAAGUGUGGCUGGUUAAUGAAGAAAGGCGGGGGCACAACGACAUUGUCAAGGCGCAAUUGGAAACGCCGAUGGUUUGUGCUGAAAGACAAUGUUCUGACUUACCACGAGAGUGACCAAGAAGGAGCUAAAAGCCUCGGAGCCAUUGACAUCAGAAAUGCAGUGCGCAUUGUUGAUGAUGGAGUGAAAGAAAAUGGGUUCAGUAUCAUUACGGAGAAUAGGACGUAUCACGUGAUAGCUGAGAGUACAAAUGACUGGAACCAGUGGUUCAACAUUUUGAAUCGUGUGCACAGAGCUACCGAGGAAGAACUAAAAGGAAUGAGAGAAGAAUCAGCCAAUGUUAAACAUGCAGUGGUAAGGCUUUCCAUUCCAUGUGCUCUCUUCGUGUGUUUAACCAUUUACACAGUUUGGACAAUACAGCAGUGUAAGGAACACGAAAUCGACGAAGGUGUGGCUGAUACAAUUGAGAGAGGUUGGCUCAUCAAAGAAGGCGCAAACGAUGAUUCGAGAAGAAAGAGGUGGUGCGUUCUGACCGGCAACUCUCUUGAUUACUACAAAUCAUAUGUGAAGAACAGUCCUAAGUUCGGAUCCAUUGUCUUGAACAGUCUUUGUUCUGUUGUAUCGCCAGAGGAACGUGAACCGGGUGACUGGACAUUUAUCGUAAAUGGCAGAAAGCGAUCGUACGUUCUCCAUGCUAAGCUACAGGAAGAAGCGAUCCGUUGGGCGAAUGCUAUUCAAGAGGUGAUCGAUUCUAAACCACCAGUUGAGACAGCUUUCGAGAAAUUGGUAUCAGAGUUAAAGAGUACAAUGACUGAAAGUGAAGCCGACCAAGUGUACCGCACUAACCCGGUACUGAAGUAUUCCAAGAUACCGCUCAAGGCUCCUCUGCUUCCCCUCCCCUAUGGACAAUCGCAGUCGUCACGAGCAAAGGGUAAAGGUUAUGGUACCUUCCAUGAAGAGGCUGUUGGAGUUUUUAGUUCACUACUGGAACAAGAAUCCAUUGCAGAUCCUAUCCCGGUUAUUCAAGGAAUCCUACAAACUUGCCAAGACUUGAAACCUCUAAGAGACGAGGUGUUCUGCCAGCUGAUCAAACAGACCACAAAUCACCCCACUCCUGACUCCAUUGGAAACCUAAGAAACAUGCAGGUGUUGGUUUGUAUGUGCUGUACAUUCGUCCCAACCAGAAAGUACCUUCGAUACUUGAGACUUCACUUGAAAAGAAAUAGAGAUAAACAUUCCAAUACAGAAAUGGCCAAGUUUGCAGUGUUUGCGAUAGAAUGUAUCAAGAAAACAAGACCGAGGGAGUUACCUCCUUCAAGAGAAGAAAUCAUUUCUCUCCUGGGCCGUCGAGAGCUCUCGGCUGUUGUUCACUGCUAUGGCGGGGGAUCCUGUAAGAUCUCGAUAAACUCUGCCACUACAGCAGGAGAGGUUGUCGAGAAGUUGUGCAAGGGCUUGAAUAUCCCACAGAGGUGCAACAUUUUCACUCUGUUCGAGCAGUGCGGGACGAUUGAGAAGAAUAUUGAAGACAGAGCUGUACUCGCUGACGUCUUGUCCAAGUUUGAAAAGUACAAGGCGCUGGGCCUGACCGAAGCAGGCUCUUCGUGGAAACUCUUCUUUAAGAUUUUUUGCUACCUUCAACCCGAACUUGUGGAGGUGGACACUAUAGAAUACGGAUUCCUUUAUGAACAGGCUUGUGACUCAAUCAUACUUGGCAAAUAUCCUGCUCCGGAUACCACUUUGUAUCUCCUUGCUGCUUUGCGGCUUCAGUUCAAUGAGGGAGACUAUAAAACUGGUGCUUGGGUUUCUGAUCUGAACUCGGUUUAUCCCCCUGGGAAACUGAAACAGAAAGUAAAGACUGAAAACAGCGGAGUUUCUAGAGAAAGGCACUUCAGCAUUAAGGGCACAAUAAGGAAAGCUGUCUCUCCCUUUAGAUCAGCUGGUGGACCAGAAAAUGGCGAGGAGGAUACCAAAAAAGCCACUGAGGAAGAACUGUCGUUUAUAAAGAGUUCUAUAUGUGAACAGUGGAAGAAACUUGUGGGCAUGGAUCAAGAACAAGCUCAGAAACAGUACAUGGAAAUAUUAAGAAGCUGGCCGGGGUAUGGUUCCACUCUGUUUGACGUUGAGACAAAAGACCCAGGCUUUCCUCCCGAACUCUGGUUGGGUGUGAGUUUCAAGGGCGUGGGUUUCUACAAGCGAGGAGAUGUCAGACCACAGUGCCAAUUCAGUUAUGAAAAUAUUUUAUCAUUUGGAGCUCCUGCUGCCAACAAGUACAAGAUCAUCGUGGACGGCAGAGAUCCGAUGUUGUUUGAAACAUCCCAGGUUAUUGAGAUUGCUAAACUGAUGAAAGCGUACAUCAAUCAAAUCGUCAAACUUCGCAGAUCAAGCUACUUCAGUCAAGCGUCAGAGGCCUCAGACUCUUAGCCUCUUAUAACUGAUGCAAGUGUGAAAAAGCUUUCACCAUAGGGUUUUGUUUCUCUUUUCUUUUUCUCUUUUUUUCCUCUCAAAAAAAAAAAAAAAAAAAAAAAAAGUCCCCAAGUCUCUCCAAAAGGCUACAUUUUGAAUCAUUUGGCGUGGGAAGCUGGAGAGAGUGCAAAAGCUACUAUGGUUAUGAGAGCGAGGAGCAGCUUGUGGUCAGCGUACACGCCCUAUUACCCAACUGUAACAUGGUCUCAGUGCCAAAGUAGAACACUCUUCGUGUUUCUUUCGUUAUUUUUCUUUCAAUAAUUUUCGUACAUAGGAAAUCACCGCAGGACGUUUUAAGAGCACUAAAACUUUGAAAACACGUUUUCCAACUCAACUCAACUUACUGGAUGUAAAAUCCCUUUAUUUCCAAUUGACGGUUUAAUAAUACACAUACCUAUUGCACUGCUUUUUAAGUAUCAGAAAAGAUCAAAGAGUUUUCUGCUUUAGCUUAUAACUUGGUUCAUUGCAAAGCAACUAAUUUAAACAAGUCAAUCAGGGCUCGACAAUAACGGUAGCUAACUAGUCAUAGACUAGUAGAAAUUGAGUUUUGGCUGGUGGUUUUUUAUUUCCACCAGUCAGUUUGGCUGGUAAACAAACUGUAAU